UCUCCUCCUCACCACAUCCUCGCUCCACCAUGCUCCGUCUCGCACGCACGCCGCUGCCACGCAGCAUUGCCUCUUGCUCGCGGCGCGCCUACGCCACCGCGGCGCCGUGCACCAAGUAUCUCAGCGUCACGCACCCCGACGCGCAGCCCGAGUCGGCGGCGCCCGACUCGGUCGGCGCCGCGCUGGCGCGCUUCGACGCCGCCACGCUCGCCACGUACGCGCGGCCCUCGGUGCUGCUGACGCGCGGCCAGGGGCUCGAUCUGUGGGCCAAGUCCGACGCCCACGGCGAGCUGCACUACCUCGACUUCAGCAGCGGCAUUGCCGUCAACUCGCUCGGGCACGCCGACGCGCAGAUCGCCGCGCUGGCGGGCGAGCAGGCGGCGCGCCUCGUGCACAGCAGCAACCUGUACCACAACGAGUGGAGCGGCGAGCUGGCGCACCGCAUGGUGCAGAUGACGCGCGAGCAUGGCGGGCUGGGCAUUGAGAAGGGCGGGCAGGGAGAGCUCAAGGUGUUCCUGGCCAACUCGGGCACCGAGGCAAAUGAAGCGGCGUUGAAGUUUGCGCGCAAGUCCGGCAUGACCCAGUCGGGCGAGGCCGGCAAGAAGGCCGGGCUGGUCUCCUUCACCAAUGCCUUCCACGGCCGCACCAUGGGUGCGCUGGCCAUGACGCCGAACCCCAAGUAUCAGGCGCCCUUUGCGCCUCUCAUCGGCGCCGUGCGCACCGGCACGUACAACGACUUUGCCAAUCUCGACACACUGAUCGACGAGAGCACCGCCGGCGUCAUCGUCGAGCCCGUGCAGGGCGAAGGCGGCAUCUUCCCGGCCAAGGUCGAGUGGCUGCAGGCGCUGCGCAAGCGCUGCGACGAAGUCGGCGCGCUGCUGAUCUUCGACGAGAUCCAAUGCGGCCUCUUCCGCAGCGGCACGCUCUGGUGCCACUCCAGCUUCCCCACCGACGCGCACCCGGAUCUCAUCACCAUGGCCAAGCCGCUCGCCAACGGCUUCCCCAUCGGCGCCGUGCUGAUGCGCAAGAGCGUCGCCGACACCAUCACCGUCGGCGACCACGGCACCACCUUUGGCGGCGGCCCGCUGGCGUCGCGCAUCGCGCACCACGUGCUGGGCCGCCUGGCGGAGCCGGCGCUCAUCGCCUCGGCAAAGGCGGCCUCGGAGCGUCUGCUCGAGCGCCUCACGGCCCUGCGCGACAUGUUUCCCGAGCUCGUGCGGCACGACGAGGCCGCGGGCGUGGCGUCGCCGCGCGGCAAGGGCCUGCUCAUCGGCCUGAGCAUGCAGGAGCCAGCACACGCCGGCAGGCUCGUCAAGAUGGCGCGCGAGCGCGGCCUCAUCGUCCUCUCGGCGGGCAGCGAUGCCCUGCGCAUCGUCCCCAGCCUCACGGUGACGCUGGCCCAGAUCGACACGGCGUGUGAUGUGCUGGAGAGCUGCUUUGAGGCGCUGAAGCGCGAGGUGGAGCAGUAGAGGAAAGAUAGAUUUGAGAAGGGUGGAGUCAUCGUCACGCGAAAUAUAAUGAUAGAAUCUAGG